AUGGCUGACGAAGCUACCAGCCUCCAAGAAGACACCCCCGAGCCAACGGAAGUCUCCAGCAGGAGCGACACUCAGUCUAAGCGGAAGAAGGCCUUCCGGUUCGUACCAUCUAGCGACAUCUUGUUGCUGAAAGAAGCUGUGAAGCACCGACCUUGGGCUGCUGGUCACGGAGAGACCCAAGUAUCCUUGUCCAGCUUCGCCAUUGGACUCAAGACAGCUCUACCAUCGUGUACAGCCGAUGGAAAGGCCUGCCGUCGCCGCUUUAAUGCCCCCUUAGAUGUUUUUCGACGCGAUGAGCUGGAGUUCCGUCGAUAA